AUGGAAGCACUCUACGAUCAGGGAAAGGCUCGAGCAAUUGGAGUCUGUAAUUUUUCAUCAAAGAAGUUGGGUGACCUUUUGGAGAUUGCAAGGGUGCCUCCGGCUGUUGAUCAGGUGGAAUGUCAUCCCAUAUGGCAACAGACUAAGUUACGGAAUUCUGUAACUCGAAGGGCCUGGUCGCCAUUAGGUUCACCGGGGACACAGUGGAUUGCAGGAACAGUCCUCAAGCAUCCAAUGGGACAUGGUAUCCUUCGCAAGAGCACAUCCAAAGAGAGAAUCAGAGAGAACUUUGAUGUCUUUGACUGGUCCAUCCCUGAUGAUUUGCUUACUAAGUUUUCUGAAAUCAAGCAGGAAAGAUUGGUUAAAGGUGAAUUCUACGUGAGCCAAGAUGGACCAUUCAAGUCCAUUGAGGACCUCUGGGAUGGUGAGGUCUGA